GCUGGAUUGCAGAGCAUCUUAAUUCAAGUUUCGCUCAAGUACAUGCCUAACCGGUGGCGGGGCGAAGUACCUAUGUGAAUGUUUAGGUGCCAUCCGAAAUAUCCUCGACUUAAAAGAAAGUAAGUUUUUUCCAUCGCUGCAAGUUCGAUGACUGUGACUCAAAGAGGUAGGCCUGAUCUAUUGUCGAUCAGAAUAAGAAGUAGUUCCUGUACAUCAACCAGUGAUUUAUUCAAGUACGCAUCAAAGUGUAAAGUCAGGAUAUUUGUUAUUGCUCCGUGUUGCUCAUUGAUUAUCGACCUAGGGUCAGGAACAAAACUGUUAUAAAAAAUGCCAACAAUUACGAGCUGCGCAACUACCCCGCUAGAAGAAAAAAUGGCCCUCGACGUGGCUGCUCUGGAUCCCAACUAUUGGGCGAAGCGAUGGGUACCGGGCACGAAAGACCACUCACCGACGUGGCACGUGGGAGAGCGUCGGGAGUACCUGCUAAACAAGAUUCGCAAGGAGGAUCUCCACGGAGUGGUCCUGGUUCCCUGUUGCGGUGCGAGUGCUGACUUGCUGUUUUUCGCGGAACAACCGGAAGUGUCCCACGUCAUCGGCAUCGAUACGCGUUCGUACAAAAGUGUCUGGGCGAGGUGAAGCCAUGUCAUGCACAUGCUAGUUUCUGCAGGAUACAUCACACAGUCCGACUACAGUACCCCACCAGGCAUGAUAAAUCUGUUGAAGGGUACGGGUACGCGAUUCCGUUGCGCAAACUGCAUGAGAAACUGCGCUUCUGCAUGACAACUGCGCACUAGCUCUCGUCCGCUUGAAGAUGCAUCAUAGACUUUUUCCUCCUUAUUCAAACAUAAACAUUCCGCAGCACAGUACAUACAAGUGCUCUGCUUCCCGACAUCCCAGAAAUCAUAUUUGCGACGCAUAGGCAAAGUGUGCGAGUACCCCCUUCGGGAGGAGCUGCCGAAGGUCAUUAUUGCACGAGAAAAGUGUUACACUUAUCUUACACAUUGUAAUGCAAGACCGGCAACACAGACAACCUUUCUCAUGCGGGAAAUGCUUGUGAAUGUGAGCCUCGUUUCCUUCCUGUUUUCUCUUUAUGAUCUUCGCAUUACAAGUUUUCUCUGCCACAAAGAGAAAAUCUGUGAUGCAGAAACUCCAACACGUGGGUAACUGUAACACUUUUUUCUCGUGAUAGUCAUCGCGGAAUGGCUACGAAAAGCGGAAAAAACCGGCGCUCCGGAGACGUGCGAUGGACCACCCGAUUUACAAAGACCAAAGUCGCCUGUGGACGACCAAGCGCCACCAGGCAAAAAGAACUUGGUGAUCGCGACGAAAAGGAACCAUGCGAAUGUGGAACCGAUCCGUGCGCAAGAACUAGUAGACGACACAACUACAGCUGCGGAGAACUACGAGCACAGCUUCUCGUGGUGGACGUACGAAGCCUCAAAAAGCGAAGUGCACGACAAGGUGAAGAUAUCAAAUGUAGAAAUGUAGUCUGGGUCUGGAAAAAUGCAACUUGUCAUGCUAUAAAUCUGAAGCAUGCAAAAAUCUGUGUUGCAUGAUUACCAAAAGUCGUCCAGUUCUGACCAAGUGGCGAGGGAGUUUCUCAUGCACGAUAGGCAGCAGAGAGAUCGCGCAGAAUCUGUCAUGCUACGUCCUGCAUUCCAGUCCUCAUGGAUCAUGCAAAUAAAGCUGCAUGACAGAUCGCGCAUUUUUCCAGAUCCAGACAUUUUUGCAUUUGAUAGAGGAUGAUGUGUGAUGACAAAGCGAAGGCGCUGAGGAAGCUGUACGUAGUCCAGCAGGACAUUCUGCAAUUCGACAUGGGCCAGGUCGCAAGCGUGCUUUUCCCCAGCAUGAUCACGAUGCGUACAGAGAAAAACGUCGACAUCAAUUGUUCUGACGUGCGAGGACCGGGUGCUGGUGACGGAGCUGCUGUGCCGGAGAGGACGCCGCAAGAAAUAAGGGCAGCGAGUGCAGCUACAACUACCGCGCAGGAGAAGAUGAACCGGCAGCACAGCGAACCCUUGGCACCGGGAAUGAAAAACCGCUCGGAUUCGAUGUUUUCCCGUUCUUCUUGGGUUCCAAAUUUGAUCUUCGACUUUGCUUCCCUGGUCGCCAUGGAGCCGGCUACCCACAAGGAGUACGUGACCCGCCUGCUGCUGCUGCGCAAGAACCACGAGCAGCAUUCAAUUCUUUCACCGACAACUUGUGUCGACGGGCAGGGAGACAGUCGUGGCCAACAACUACCGACCAAAAGCAAAAGCACCAACACGAAUGAAGAUGAACAUGACCACCAGGUUGUGGACCAGCAUCAUGUUGCGUACUACCUCGCCACCAUCGAGUACCCCGCGGGCGCGCGACGUCCCCCACCGUUUUCGACUACCAGACAGGAUGUCGCUAACCUCUUUUCUAACGGCGGCGAGGGCAUCUUUAAGGCCACGGAAGCACGGCCCAACAGCCACAAUGGAAGACGAGCCACUGGUUGUGGAACUACGGAUACGAAAUGGAAAAGUAUCGUACUAGUAUAUAAUAACUUGCAUAUAAUACAAAUUAGCCCAGCAUUACAAAUUAAAUCUGUAAUUCUGAUUUGCCUUAAGAAAGAAAUUUGCAAUGCAUAAAUGCAAGUACUACAACGAGUACGUGUACGAUACUCUUGCAGUGGAUAACGGAGUUCAUCGUGACCUGCACGGACACAGAAGUAUCAAAGGGAUAAAUAUGUCUGGGUCGUCUGGAAGAGUGCAGACAUUUGUCAUGCAGUUUUUGCCUGACGCAGAUGAGAUCGUCUGGCAUGCAAGUUCUAGCAUCACAGGUUUCACGCAGGUAUCGGCCCAAUGUAUAAUCCGCAUGACAAUAGGCCGCUCUUUCUGUAACAAGAAGUGGGGCCUUUUUGUGAACGUGCAUGACAGAUUUUGUCACGAUGUAGAAUUCGCAUCACAAAUUCGCUCCGACCCUAUGGCGCUCCAGCGCCUGGGGAGGCUUGGUUCCCCAGCGAUAAUGGACAGUGGCAAUGUCGGCGCGUUUGUUCUUGUUUUAGCGCCACAAUUUCGAAUCCUUCCAGACGUCUCCAGGGAUAUUUGCAUUGCAUAAAAAGUACUGAUCGAUAAAAAGCCGGUCGUGAAGAAGUCCAAACCCGGAUCCAGGACAACUGCCUCCUCGCAUUCGCAGUCCACCGAAGAUUUCUACCGCCUUUCCAUCACGCUGACGAGCGGAAGCUGUGGUCGCUAGGGGUGGUCGAGAUUAUUCUGCGGCGAAGCGGUUCGACAGAAGCGAUCUUCAUAGAGCAAUUUGCUCCUGGCACGAGCAGCUGCUCUAGACGGCGCGAUUGCUUCUGGGCGCGAAGAGGAGUUUCUUUGUAGCAAGAAAGUAACUGCAGGAAAAAUGAAUGUGUGUCCGCCUGGUGGACCACGUGACGAGGACGAAGGACCACAAGUCUCGGUAGUUAGAAAUAGAAAAGACAAGCUGACCGUGCUCGCCUUAUGUAUGCACUUCAGAUUCUUGCUGCUCUACCAUUUACUCCUCAUACCGCGAUCGAAUUUCUACUUUCGGAGUCGUAUUUCCUUGUAAAAGGUAAUGGUAAAGGUCCAGGAUGAAAAUCAAUUUACAAGUACUUGCACUACUCCAACCUAGCAAGAUCGUGAAAUUGUCGACUCAGUUAGGAAUAAAU